AUGUCUAUCCUCAUGAAAAUCCCCUUCUCAGCAAGACAACCGGCAAUCCAUACACUUAAGCGAACUUUCUUCACGACAAGACCUGCAAUGUCUAGAAUCUCAGAGGUGAUCAAGAAGGAUCAUGCGGAGCUCAAGGAGUAUGCUGAUAAUAUCCGCAAUGCGAGGGAUGAUGAGACCAAGGUUCGCUGGCAGAAUCAGUUCACGUGGGAGCUCGCUCGACACUCUAUUGGGGAGGAAUUGGUAGUCUAUCCUGCGUUUCAGAAGCAUUUGGGAGGACAGGGAAAUCUCAUGGCUGAGAAGGAUCGUGCUGAACAUCAAUCGGUGAAGGAAGCCUUAAACACUUUCCAAAAGCUCACACCUUCAGAUUCGGAAUUCUUUCCAACUCUCGAUGCUCUGAUGAAAGAUCUCACGGAGCAUAUGAAGGAGGAGGAGAAUGAUGAUCUUCCUGCCCUUGAGACCGCACUUUCAGAGGAUGACAGCGAGGCUCUGGCGGGGUCGUUUGGCCGUACCAAGCACUUUGUUCCUACGAGAAGCCAUCCGAUGGCUCCGGCCAGGCCACCGUUUGAGACUGUGGUGGGAUUGAUGACGGCGCCGAUUGAUAAGUUGGGUGACAUGUUUAGGAAGUUUCCAGAGGAGAAGAAGAACUAG